CCUGCCGCGCGCUGGCUUGGGAGCGGCUUCCGGAGUCCGGGCGGGCGCUGAGCUGCAGGCGCGGGCCUAACGGCCUCACUCGGCUCACUCCGUCGGAGGUCGGAGGCUGCGAGUCUCGCUGCUGCUGCUGGCUGUGGUGGACCGGGCUGGAUCGCGGAUUCUGAUCGCGGGUUUGGGGGUGGACCCCUGGUUCGGGGUGGGUCGCAGAUUUGGGGCUGGGUGAGGGUUGCAAGGCCACGAGGAGCCCGGCGGCUCAGGAGUCGGUGGUGGGCUUCUGAGGAGAAGCCGCCACCAUGUGGAACCUCUUUAGCUUUGGGAGACGCCUGGGCCAGGCGAUCCGGGACUUCAUCGACGACAAGUACUCGGGUCCCGGGUACCACAUCCGGGACUGGGAACUGCGGGAGAUCCACAGGGCGGCCCUCCAGGGCGAUGCUGCGAAGGUGCGGCGCUGUCUCCUGAAGGGCAGGAGCCGGGAUGUGGACGCCCGCGACAGAAAGGACAGGACUGCCCUCCAUUUGGCCUGUGCCUAUGGCCGUGCGGAAGUUGUCAGUCUGUUACUGAGCAGAAACUGCCAGACGGACGUCGGCGACAGACUAAACAGGACACCGUUAAUGAAGGCUGUACACAGCCAGAAUGAGAACUGCUCCAUUUCUCUGCUGAAACAUGGCGCCAAUCCAAACAUUCAAGAUGUCUACGGCAACACCGCUCUUCAUUAUGCUGUAUAUAAUGAGGGGACUUCACUGGCAGAAAAACUGCUUUUCCACAGUGCAAAUAUUGAAGCAGUAAACAAGGAGGGAAACACACCCCUUCUGCUUGCCGUAAUUUGCAAGAGAUGGCAAAUGGUGGAAUUUUUGGUAAAAAAUGGGGCAAAUGUACAUGCAGUUGAUAAUUUCAGAAGAACAGCCCUCGUGCUUGCCAUACAUCAUGACUUUCCAAGUAUAGUCGGCUUUCUUCUUGAACAAAAUGUUAACAUCUUUUCUCAAGAUUCAUUUCAACUAACUGCAGAAGAUUAUGCCGUUUGUUGUGAUGUCACAAGCAUUCAACAACAACUUUUGGUACAUAAAAAUAAGAUACUUAAAAAGCAUCUUCGAAAUGACAAUCGAGAAGCAGCAGCCAUGAAGGAUGAAAGUUUCAAAAAAGGAGGAGCAAGUUCAAAAGGUAGGACACCUGAGUGAGCUCUGUAGAGUUUAUGAGCAGUUCAAAUUGACUAGUGCAGAAAGAGUAUAUGGGAGUGGUUGGGAAUGGGGUGAAAAUAGCUUACAGUUAUUUAUUAUGUAUUUAUGAUGUCCAGCAUGUGUCAGUAAAGGCAAGCUGAGGAAAUACUUUGUUGUUGUUGUUUUACCUGUGUCUAUAAACAAGUUUACUAAAAGACUUUCAGUAGGAUAUAAAUGAGUAGAUCUUACCCUGUGGCUAGGAGAAACUUCUCAGGUAGAAUGCUUUUGGCUGCAAAUAUUAGAAAGACCUAAUUAACAGUGGCCAAAACCAUAAAAAGCAGACUUGUUUUGGUCCCAUGAUAUUACUGGAUCCCACGUGUUCGUCUUUCAUGUAAGAUGUCGGCAGUGUCUUGUUCAUGUCUCCUUUCAGGGGUCACUACUUAGCAACAGCUCCAACCCUCAUGUUCUCACAAGACAGCAUCGAAGGGCUGGAAGGGCUGGUUUUCUUCAUAUGUGUCUUUUAAACUGAGAGAAAACUCAGAAGCAUGCAGGGGGCUUCCUUUACUGUCUUAUUGGCUGGGUCACACCACAUGCUCAUCCCUGAACCAGGCAAUGGGAAAGCACAUGUAAUUAUGUGAUUACCUUAGAAUAAUCAUUUCUCUUUCGAAGCUGGGGACGGUUAUUGGGAUAAUAAAUGUCCAAAUAGAUUUGUGUUUCUCCAGCAAGAAACAAUAAGGAACUGCUCUUGGGUAGAGAGCCAGCAGUGUUCGCUGCAGGAAUUCAUUGGAAAACUGUGAGCAGGGAAGGCAUUGGAUUAGAUUUGAGAAUUGGGGCAUUCUGUUCAUGGUAUAAAGCAGAGAUUGGCAAGCUUUUUCUGUAAAGGGCCAAGUAGAAAAUAUUUUAGGCCAUGUGGUCUCUCUCUUUCUCUCUUUCUUUCUCUCUCUCUCUCUCUCCCCGCCCCCCGCAAAAAUGAUUUUGAACAGCUGAAGCCAUGUGAUCUCUAUUGUAGCUACUCAACCCUGCCAUGGUGGUGAGAAAGCAGUCAUAGGUGGCCUGUCAGUGAAUGGGUCUGACUACUCUCAUAAAACUUUGAGAAAAAACAUAUGCUAGGCAGCAUUUGGCCUGUGGUCUGUAGUGUGCUGACCCCUAAUGUAGAGGAUAGAUGGACGAUAGAUGUCACCUGAGAGCAUAUAGUUAUUAUUUACUAGGUAUUUUAUUAUGCUCAUUAGAUUCCAUGCACUUUUAAAUUUGUGGUGAUGAGUGCAAGCUUCUAAAAGGUGUAUAAGAUUUAGGGUAAGCAUGUAGAGUGAGUGAAACUUUGCCAGAUAAGGAGGCAGAGGGAUGAUGUUUCCAGAAGGAGUAUAUAACAAG